UACUUAUUGGAUAGUAGUGGAAAUUGAAUGUGACUAUUGUUAUUGGCGAGUUGCGAGGGUUUGGUUUUGGGGUUUAACCUUCCCAUUUCAUUUCUCUCUUCCCGGUUUUGUAUUAUUCAUUCUAUAGAUACUUGUUUUCAAAAUGAUGCAUUCUGUAAUAAAGGGUGGAUGGAGGCCAACAUUUGCUCUUGCUAAGCAAAAUGAUUCUGAUGGGAGAAAGUCUCGGAUUCGACGUUCUAAAGAGGAAAGAAAGGCAUUGGUUGAAUCCUUCAUUAAAAAGUACCAAGAGUCAAACAGUGGAAACUUUCCAUCUCUUAAUCUUACGCAUAAAGAAGUUGGUGGCUCUUUCUACACUGUAAGGGAGAUUGUACGGGAUAUAAUUCAAGAAAAUAGAGUCUUGGGUCCUGCUAAAUUCAACUUAGAGGAGUUUAACACUGAGCAAUUUUUGGAACAAAACCCAUUGGGUUCAAUUGCAAGAGGUCCUCAACCUUUUCUGGGUGCAUCUUCGAAUGAAGAUCAUCCUGAACAUAACGAAAUUCCUGAUACGAAUGGAAAACUGCUUUCUGUUUCUGAUAGGCAUUAUAGUGAAGCUGAGCAUCAGGUGAUUGAAAAUGGGCAUGUUAUAAAUGUUGGUCAUGUAGAUGUGACUACCAAGGAAACCAAUGAAGCCACUGUUGUUUCUGAUGGGUGUUAUACUGGAGCUGAUUAUCCGGUGGUUGAUAAUAGGCAUGUCGUAAAUGGUAGCCAGGUAGAUGGGACAAACAACGAAUCCGUUGAAGCUGCUGUUUUUUCUGAUGGGCAGUGUAGUGGAUCUGAGUUUGAGAUUGUUGUCAAAGUGCACGACGUAGAUGCUAGCCAGGUAGAUGUGACAAACAAGGAAUCAAUUGAAGCUGCUGUUGUUUCUGAUGAGCACUAUACUGGAGUGGAGCUCGAGAUUGUUGACAAAGAGCACGACAUAGAUGGUAGCGAGGUAGAUGUGGCAAUCAAGGAAUCCAAUGGAGCUGCAAUACCCGAGAUGCAGGUAAGUAAGCCUACGGAACCCGAACAGAAUAUCAAACAAGAGUUGGCAGCUACCACAAUGCCAUUGGCCAAAGUAAAUGCUCUCACAAAAGACUUGAUAGUAGAAACAUUUCCAUUAAGGUCUGUUGCAGGGACAAGCAAUGGAAUAGAAGGUAUUGGAGAGUUGAGGGACUCUGGUAGUUCUUUGAAAAAGGAUGAAAAAUUUGAGAUUGCCCUUGGAAACAAAGAAUUAAAGGAAGUAUCCAACACCGAGCAUUAUAAGGAGAAAAAUCCAGGAGAAACAUUGGCAGAAACUGCAAAUCAUUCUACCCACAAAGAACAUUCAAGUCAUGAAUUUAAAGGUUCCACUGACCCUCAAGUCAGAGCAUCUCAUCAAAAAGCCAUAACUUUUGAAACAAAUAACCAGAGUCAUAUCGAAGAAGGAGCUAAGACUAACAUUCAAGCCAAGAAACUCAGCACAACUUUUACCGAGGGAUUGACACCUUCAGAUGAAGGCCUGCAUGAAGCUGAUAAAUAUAGAGUUGAUGGUCUACUUAGUGGCAAUUCCCACAGAAGAAGCAACCCAACUGUAGAUAGGAUCAAUCUUGAAUCAUGGGAUGGAAGAUCCAAGAGUUCUGCAAAAAAGGAACCCAACCCUCUUUUAGCUCUAUUGAAAGCCUUUGUCAAUGCGAUUGGGAAAUUUUUGUCGGAAUGAAUAUUUUAGUACUUGUUUCUUUUUCUAAUGUUUAUUUUUGGGGAGUUGGUGUGUUGUACUUGAUGAAGAAUGAAGAAUAAUUUAUGCAUAGUCAACGUAUUCGGCCCUUUAUUUUUAGGUACGUAGACGAAGUGGUAAACACUACUUGAAACUUCCACAUGUUCUAAGUUCAAACCGAGUUAAAAUGUUCAGUCUAACAAUAUCAAGAUUUGUCAGUUAAA